AUGGGAUGCCAUAUUUAGAAACACUAAUAUUAAAAAGUAGAUAUCGUAAUUUCAUCCCCACCUCCUACAGUUCCAUCUUCUCAUGAAAUAAUUUUGAUUCCAUAUGUUCUUAAUGAUAAGCAUCCAGCAUCGAGGAUGCCUAUUUAAACCUUUUGGAAUAGCGAAGGUCAAAGAACAAAAGAAUAGUCAUCUAAAAUAACUAAAUCUCUUUCACCUGAUAUUAAGUUUAUACAAAAAUAAAAAUGA